UUGACGCGCGCGCACAUGGGUUUGUUAUGGUGCGGUUUUUAACAGUAGUUUGACUUCAGUGUUCACUGCUGAGCUGUGUGGAAAAUAUUUAAAUGUUAGAUGGUUUAAUAUCCUUCUAACGUUAGGUUUAGGUUAAAAUGUCACAAACCUUAUAUAAUAUAAGACAAAGGUCUUUAACUCUCUCUAUAAAAUGGCUUAAUGUUUAUGGCUGAAUGCCCACUCAUUUCAGCAGUUGAAAUGGAUUCCAGUCCGUUCAUUUUAGAUGGCGGUCUAGCAACAGAACUCGAAGCAAGUGGAUUUCAGUUACAGGGAGAUCCACUGUGGAGUGCACGAGUUCUGCAUACAGAUCCACAGGCUAUUAAGGAUGUUCAUUACAGAUAUCUUCAAAGUGGUUCUGAUGUCAUAACAACAGCUACAUAUCAGGCCAGCAUUGAGGGAUUCAUGAAACAUCUCGGUGUUCGACCUGAGGAGGCUCAGCACAUGAUGAUGUCAGCAGUUCAGCUGGCAAAAGAGACGGUCUCUGAGUUCAUGUCUCAGUCGCCCGUAUCAGAUACUAUCACAGACAGAAGAGAGCCUUUGGUUGCGGGCUCAGUUGGUCCAUAUGGGUCGUUUCUACAUGAUGGAUCUGAGUACACAGGAGCCUAUGAGGACAAGAUGACAGUGGAGGAGUUGAAAGACUGGCACCGUCCACAGAUCCAGUGCUUAGUAAAAGCUGGAGCUGAUCUUGUUGCCAUGGAGACCAUUCCUGGCCUCAAAGAAGCCGAGGCUUUGGUGGAAGUACUCAAAGAAUUUCCAGAAACUAAAGCCUGGCUUUCUUUUUCCUGUAAGGACUGUGAUAGUAUUUCAAGCGGGAGGAGAUUUUCUGAAGCAGUUGAGAUGGCAUGUAGGUCCACACAGCUGGUUGCUGUUGGGGUGAACUGUUGUCCUGCUCCUUUGGUGAAACCACUUCUAGAGUCAGCCAAGUCCCACAAAAGAGCAGAUUUGAGCUGGGUGGUCUAUCCUAACAGUGGAGAAGGAUGGGAUGCCAAGACUGGAUGGAAAACCGAGAUGCGGACGUCAUUUGCCAAUUUAAGCCUUGAAUGGAAAGCACAAGGGGCUUUAUGGAUCGGAGGCUGCUGUCGUGUCCGUCCUGCUGAUAUAACGGAGCUCAAACAACUCCAUGUACAGCCAUGACUGAAGAAACAACCUGAUACCUAACACACCCAGCUGCCUCAGAAAUAAUGCACAGAUGUGUAAGAACAUGUAUAAAUAUUUUAUUUAUAAAUACAAAUAAUACCAACACAUUAGAUUGACACGAGAUUUGUGGUGAUUAGACAUUGAACAUCAUAUAUCAGAUGUUACUGUGUUAAAGGAAGAACACAAAUCACAAUGCACUCAACAUGAAAGCAGUCAUGCAGUCUUAGCUCACAGCAUUUCACAAAGAACAUGAUUGUAGUUCUUCAAGUUGCUAUUUACAAUAAGAUGACACCAUCUUAUAAGACAAUGUCACUUCUCUAUAACCUUUGUCUGAUCGGUUGAAAUAUUCAAUGAUCACUACAGUCUGAGAACUUUGACUUAGUUUGUAUUUUUAGACUUACACUAAUAAAGCCAUUUGUGUUCAUAAAAUAGUAAAGCAGUCUUCAAUGAAGCGGUCAGACCAUUCUGCAAGCACUUUAGGCUGAUUAUUCAUUUUUCAGUCCACACUGACCUACAAUUAUCUACCAUCAGUAGCAUAUAAAUCCACUAAAUAGCAUAUAACUGAAAUGGAAUGAUGUGAUUGAAAAUCAAAUAUUCACUUUAUGACUUUUGUACACUUUAAGUAUGAUCAGUGGUCACACAUUUUGAUAAAAUCUUGUGGACAAAAACUGUCCAAUGUAUGAAGCAAAGCAGCUUUAUUAUGUUUAACAUUGCAAUGUCCCCAACUUCAAACCUUUGCAAAAUCUGCAGAGGGACUUGAUCAUUCGUCCUUGCAUGAAAUUCAUGAUUGCAUGGAUUCAGAUUGAAGCAACUGAGUUUCAACAAAAAAUAAAUGUAACCAUACCUUCAUCGCAGUUAUCUGCACGAUUUACUUGUUACAUUUAAACAUGGUGUUUUAAACAAAGCAGCUUUUUCAGCUACAAGCAACUUAAAGGGUUAGUUCACCCCACAAUGAAAAUUGUCAUCAUUUACUCACCCCUGUUCCAAAGAGAUGUAUCCAGCUGCAGAACCACACACGUUUCAGGCACACACAAUAUAGCACACACGAUUUAGGCAAACCAUAUAUGUUACCCAACUCCUUAGCAUUAUCGCCACCUAUUGAAUUUCACAAAUAACGGUUUCCCAUUUCAGUCAUUAUUAUUAUAUAGUAACGAUCAUUUUACAAUCUCUGCAGUUUCUGAACCCAAAUUAUGUAAAUAAAAGCAAUUGGUUAAACACUUAUGACUUUAUUCACAUGUCCACAUACACAAAGAAAACAUAGUAGACCGUCUAAUUGUAGGAUUAAGCGUAAUAAA